AUGCUAUCGGUUCGGUUGAUCAUUCUGUUGAAAAUUUUCAUACUCUUUGCCAUCGCAAAGUGCAACACAGCCUGCAACGAUACGCAACCUACCUCAUCCUGUGAGGCUCAUUCUCGCGAGAAACGAUACUUGUCGUUCGUCAUCAAUGGAGGUGUAGCCAAGUUUGUUGUCGGUGGGGUUUUUCCGGUGUUCUUCCACCACAAGCUGAAACGGAGUUUAAACGCUGCCGUUAACCUGCAGGCCAACUAUGCCAUCCCGCCGAAAAUCAUCUGGCCCGUGCCGGAGCAUAUUUUCCGGGAACGAUUGAAUCAGGAUUUUACGGACAACAGUAGACCACAGCUGUACCGGUUGCUGGAGCGAAUGAUCGACAGUUGGGGACGAAAUGGAAGAACCUGUCUGCUGAGGACGAUCUGCGAGAUGGCCGACACUCCGCUGAGUCACAAUGGAAUGUUUGGUGAAAUAUUGGAUGUGAUAUUCUCACCCAAUGAUUCCGACGACAUCGACAACGAGUACGUAAUGGCGCGGAAAUACGGAACGCAUGGUGUUAGUUGCUCCGAAGUAUUCAGAGAGUGCCCUUACGGACAUGGGCUACUGGAUGCGAUUACAACUCUGAAUCCGUUCAAAUUUUGA